CAUCAAGCCACCAUUGGAUUCUUCAUCCAUUUUAUUGUGGAUCCAAGUUCACUGAGUCUGUGUCCGCCUGGAAGCGAACAAUACCCAGAUCCAUACGCCUCAGGUACAUUUCGCCAUGGCCUCGAACAUGCUGGCCAGGGCCCCAGAUAGCUGGAACUCCAAUGCAUCCUACCAUCCCCCAUCAUCAUAUCAUCACGAAGCUUUGGUUGCCAUCGCUGCCGCCUUCCUGGCAGUCACAAUCACUUUCACCAGCUUACGCUUCUUCGUGCGAGGCUACAUGAUUCGAUCACUCGGCUGGGAUGAUUGGUUGAUUCUACUUGCCUUGGGCAGCUUCCUUUGUCAAGCCGCCUUCCUGGUACACAUCGCUUGGAUAGAACAAAAUCACGAUCUCGAGACAAUCAAGCCCCUCUCCAAUGCUUUGGAGUAUGUUGUGCUGGAAUUUGCUUUCUAUCUUCUUACGACCAUCUUCCUGAAGCUUUCAUUGGCCGUUUUCUUCCUGCGCAUUGUUCUGGCGAAGUGGCAGCGUCAAGUCAUCAUCAUCAGCACCAUCGUCUUCUCGGUCUACACCUUUGGCUUCUUCUUUGUCGCCAUCUUCCAAUGCGGCGAUCCGGCGAAGUACCUCAUCCACAAAGUGCAAGGCAAAUGCAUAGCAUGGAGUGCUCUUGGCCCGAUGAAUUACAUCCACGGCGUCAUGAACGCUCUAACUGAUUGGGUCUUUGUGUCUCUCCCGAUCUUGGUCGUUCGCAAAGCCAACAUGCGUGGCAGAGACAAGUAUUCCGUGGUUUUCGUUCUCAUUAUCGGUGUCCUCGGCAGUGUGGCCUCUGUGGUCCGUCUGUUCUACAUCAACGAUCUGCACUCCGGUGACCAAGAUGCCACCACAUUCUUCUCAAACGCAUCGACCAUUGCUAUCGCCAGCACAAUCGAGCCUGGAAUGGGAAUAGUGGCAGCAUGCAUGGCAACCUUGCGACCCAUGUUCAAAAGCGUCUUGGACCGUACUCGCACACACAUCUCGAGCGCCUCGGAGAAGAACAAGCUUUCCACUGCGGAGCGCGGCCUUCCCUCACGUAGUGGUGUCACUUCACCACCUCAAUCACCUCGCCGUGGAGAAUUUGCACAGUAUGGAUUCGCUUCAGAAGGCAAGUCUCGCGCAAAGAGCGAGCCGUUCGUGGAAAUGGUCAACCUACCCUCAGGAAGAACUUCCAGAGCCGGCUCAGACGAAGUCGUGGUACAAUUCGAUACCGUUCAGUCAGAAAGCCGCGAGUCACAGACCGACCUUCUGGCCGAGCUACAACAAGCCAAGCAAGCCUACAGUGCACGUAUCUGGAGCGGAAAAGGCGACGCGCGGGUACAGCCAAACCUCUUGCUUCCCGAUUGUUGAUGUACUUUCAAACACCUGG